AACAUUAACGGUUGAAUUCGAAUCGAAUACGUUCUAAUUUUGUACAAUGGACAUUAAAGGCGAAUGCGUGUAUAUUUUCGUAAUUGCUUGUGGCACCGCCUUUGCCGAAGUAACUUUAACUCCAGAAUUACAAACUCCAAAUAACUCUAUUAAAAAUCAAAUGGAAAAUAUAAUGGCAGUAAUACCCAAGGACCAGUUCGACAAAAUUGCAAAUGAACAUUUAAAAAACGACGAAGGCUUUCAGGCUGCGAUCAAAUAUUUCAAAGGCGAGGAAUGGAAGAACAACACGGAUAUAUUGCUGAACCAUCCGCACUGGAUUAGCUUGAAGAAUUUGCUGGAGGAUGCCGGCAUUGACUUGGACAAUUACAUUGACAAUUUGGUGUCGUUCAUUGUCAACGUCAAGACUCCGGACGACGUUCCGUCCGAUGCUAAAAAGGAUCUCAAGCCUUUCAUCGAAGAUUUGAGGAAAGCCAUGCCGACCACCGAAAUUUUCGACAAACUCGAGAGCACCAUCAUGAUUACGCCGGAGUACGAGAAGAUGUUUGAGAAACUGUCCAGCCCGGAAUCCCGUAAGGCACUUGAAACCAGUUACAAGGUUCCGGAAUUUAAGAAGAUUGUGCAGUCGCUGAUUGAAAUGGGCAUACAAGUCAACGAAAUUAUUAACGCCAUCUACGUAUUUCUUGGAUGGCACUAACUCCAUUUGUGUGUUAGGAACUAAACUCUGCCAUUAUAUUAUACAUGUAUUGAAUUUACAAUAAUAAACCUAUUUUUUUGACACA